UAAAGCACCAGCUCGGGACCUGAGGGUAGCUUCCUCUUUAAUCUGAGCAAGGAGCAUCAUGGCGUUUGCACGAGCACCAUCAUAGACAGACAUAUUUUGGUGCCUCCAAAGCAUCCACACAGUGAGCAGGAUGAGGGAAGCAGUGCCCUUCUGUCGAUCCUUCUGAACGCAGCCUUUAGUCGAAAGCCAUCAUUCAAUAAAGGGAGUGUCAUGGUCUGGGAGCCUAUAGGGGAGCCUGAUCAUGAGAGAACUACAGCCCAGACUUGCUUGGUGAAUGGUCAGCUCACCAAGAUGUGCACCAUGGUCUUUGUAGCUUGAUUGCAGAGAUGACAAGUCUGAUCAUGUGAGAUGCCACAGCUUUGAAGGUGGUCUGCAGUCCAACGACGGUUCAGCCCAGCCAGCCAGGAGAACAUCUUGACUUUGCGAGCAGCCCAGGGAUGGAUACAUGUGGUUCUGGAGACAUGCAUAGAGGAGAGAAGCUUAUCAUCCAUGGUUUUGUCAGCAGUAUAAGCAGUGGAGAACUGUCAAACAAGGAAAAGGCUUUAAAACUGAAAUUGCCAGCUCCCAAGACCCCAGGUCCUGUGCUAGUUUGACAUCACUGAAGGGAUAGUGACUGGGGGGAAAUACUAAUAUUUCUGAUACUGAGUGGGGCAAAUAGUAGACAUGUAAGCCAAAAACAGGCCGGCAAUUCGUUCACAUGACAUUUGGCAUCAUCCAAGCUCCAAAUUGUGUUUCUUCUUCGGACAGAUUUCUACUCCGUCAGCAUAUGCACAUAAGCUUAAUCUUGAUCAGAUAGGUGCAGAAGUAUAAACUAAUCACAGUUAGGCAUGAGAGCAUCACAUAGAAGUUACCCUUCUUUGGUUCCCAAGCAUCUCGCCAUCCCCUCCUGGCUGGCCGUCCUCCAUGGCUUUCAGACUUGUCAUCCUCGUCCUUGGCCUGGUUUCAUCUCUCGGCGAUGCUGCCACAGUUGGCCAGGAGGUAAAGGUCAUGGCUCCAGUAAACCCUUCCUGCUCAACCACUGGCAACUACACCGACGACAGCCAGUUCAAGAAGAACCUUGACGAGCUCCUCGCCACCCUCCCUGCGGCAGGCGGCAACGGCUGGUUCUACGACGGCACAGUGGGGGACCCGGGAUCACCGGACCAGGUCUUCGGCCUCAUCAUGUGCUACGCGGACCGUGACGCGGCCCAGUGCCUGGAGUGCCUCGCUGGAGCACCGGCAGGGAUCAUGACGGUGUGUCCAGGCAGCCGGGUCGUGCGCGCGGCGUAUGAUGCGUGCGUGCUCGGGUACUCGCCGGCGCCUCCCUUCACCUCCACGGCCAACCUCGACGUCCCUUUCUACGUGACCCUCGACGUGCCAUUCACAGUUGACCCGACUACCAUGGCCAAGGCGUGGCUCCGGCUGAUGGCCGACCUCACGUGGCGUGCUGCCGGGACACCUUCGCGGGUGGCGAGCGGGAGCACACCAUACGAUGAGUCGUCGCUGGUGUACGGGCUGGUGCAGUGCACAAGGGACCUCAACGCCAGUGAAUGCAGCCAGUGCCUCUCCUCCUUGGUCGGCCAACUGCCGGAGCUGUUCCAGAAUGAGUCCGUCGGGGCCGUCAAGGCGUACAGCUGCUAUGUGCACUACGAGCUUGAUCCCUUCGACAUAACCCUGCCGCCUCUACCAGAGGCCCCGCCGCCCUCGCAGCCAAUGUCUCCACAGCUGGGGGCUCCACAGCUGAGAGAUUCAUCGUCUUCUUCGAGGACAGGGCUUCUGAUUGGCAUCGCUGUCGGUACAUUGUCAUUCUUCGUCAUUCUGGUCGGCUUCUUGGUCUGUCUCCUUCUCCGGCGACGGCCAAAGGAACCUAAAGUCCAUGUUACCGGUGAGGCAAUGAAGCAAAAGCAGGAAGAUGGCAGUUUGUCCAACGAUGAUCCUGCCAUGGAAGACGUCUUUGAGAAAGGAACCGGGCCCAAGCGGUUUCGAUACAGCGAGCUGGCCAUGGCCACCGACAACUUCUCGGACGAGAGGAAGCUCGGGGAAGGAGGCUUCGGCUCAGUAUACAGAGAACUUCUCAAGGAAUCCAACCUCGAGGUGGCCAUCAAGAGAGUCUCCAAGGGGUCCAAACAGGGGAAGAAGGAGUACGCCUCCGAGGUGACCAUCAUAAGCCGGCUCCGGCACCGGAACCUCGUGCAGCUCAUCGGCUGGUGCCAUGGCGGAGGUGAGCUGCUCCUCGUCUACGAGCUCAUGCCCAACGGCAGCUUGGACGCACACCUCUACUAUGGCGGCAAGAACAGCCCCGUGCUGCCAUGGCAGGUGAGGCACGAGAUUGUGCUGGGAGUGGGCUCCGCGCUUCUGUACCUGCACCAGGAGUGGGAGCAGUGCGUGCUCCACAGGGAUAUCAAGCCCAGCAAUGUCAUGCUGGACGCCUCCUUCACCGCCAAGCUUGGCGACUUUGGGCUGGCCAGGCUUGUCGACCACGGUCGAGGGGCGCACACCACGGUGCUCGCCGGCACGAUGGGGUACAUGGACCCGGAGUGCAUGAGCACUGGCCGGACCAGCGCCGAGUCAGACGUGUAUAGCUUCGGCGUCAUGCUCCUCGAGAUCGCCUGCGGCAGGCGGGCUCUUGCGCUGGCAGGAGAGCACAUGGUGCACCUCGCCCAGCCGGUCUGGGCAACGUACGGCGACGGAAGGGUUCUCGACGCCGCCGACACACGGCUGGAGGGGGAGUUCAACAUCGGCGAGAUGGAGCGUGUGAUAGUUGUCGGGCUCUGGUGCGCGCACCCUGACAGGAGCCUGAGGCCAUCGAUUAGGCAGGCCGUCAGCGUACUGCGGUGCGAGCAGCCCUUGCCGAUCCUCCCGUCGAGGAUGCCGGUGGCGACCUUCGUGUACGUGCCGAUGCAGGUUGAUGGCUCCAGUUGGGGUUCUUAUGGUGUCACCGGCGCCGGCAGCAGGAGUGGGACGGAUACCAUGACGGGGAAGUCGGUGUCGAUGCGAAGCAAGACGCUAGUCGAAGGACAGGUCACUGGACGGUAGAUGCUGCGAAGUUAAACUAUGGAUCACAUUAAUUUUCUAAUUCUUCUGAUUUCUAAUUCCUCUAGUCUAGGUGUGGCAUUACAAUUCCAAAAACUUGA